AUGAACAAAGAAAACCGUGUCAAUGCUAUGACGGAAAUUUGGGCACUGAAAAAGCUAUCCCAUACAUACAUCAUCGACUUGCUCGGCUUUGAUGACCAGGACCCAACCCAUAUCUGCAUUUACAUGCCCCUCCAGCGUGGUACUCUAAUGGACUUUGUCGACAAAGAAAAGCCUUCCACAUUCACGCUCGAAAGGUCCAUGCUCUACCAGAUGUUACGUGCGCUAACAUGGCUAUCGUCGCGGAACAUGUGCCAUCGAGACGUGAAGCCCCAGAACAUCUUGUACGGCAAAGGAGAAGGGGGCAAAGGAUUUCUAUUCCAGCUAGCGGAUUUCGGCCUAGCUGGUGAAGCCAAUGUAUCUUUUGGCAGAAUCGGUACUGUGGGAUACAUGGCACCGGGAGUUUUGGCCCACGGCCUACACACCCCCAAAAUGGACGUUUGGUCACUGUUCAUCACUCUAGUGACAGCCAAUAACUGGCGGGAUCCUGUACGUUUCCCAAAGCUCUCGAUGCUAGAGACUGCCAGACUGGGAAAGAAGACUUUCCCAAACUUCGCUGAAAUGGGGGACGAAGAUCCCAACCGCCGCGCGUCAGCAGUCGGAAUGGUGGUCGAGAACUUCAAGCGUCAGGGGCCCUCUGGAAAUUAG